GGAAGUAAACAAGCCGCUAGCAGCAUCGUUAGCUUUCCUCGUGUGAGGACGGAGCAGGAAGACGGUUGUGUUGUCGUCUCUCAGCUGAAUAUUUCAGUGUUUCAGCAACAAUGUCUUCAGUUCAGCAUCUGAGAGAGUUUAUCAGCGAGCGACUAACUGCUGCUGCUGAAGAAAUAUUCACAGAGUUUGAAAAAACCAUCGUCCAGUACGAAGAAGAGAUCGAUCGUCAGCGCAGACUGCUGGAUAUCACCUGGAAUCCACAGAUAAAGUUAAUCAGAACAGAGGUUCCACAUCAAUAUGUCUACAAGGUGGAUGAAGCUCUUCAAGAAGACCAGCAGCUGUGCAACCAGAACUCAAACCUGGACCAGGAGCAACCAGAGUCUGCUCGUAUUAAAGAGGAAGAGGAGGAACUCCUCAGCAGUCAGGAGGAAGAGCAGCUUUGGCUGAAGGAUGAAACUGAUCAGUUUUCAAUACCGGCUGCUCAUGAGGAAGAUGGUCACAGUGAUCCAGAACCAAACAGGGACCAUAUUCCCUCUUACAGUCCUCCUGCAGACCAACAUUCACCUUUAGAGGAAAGCAUGGUUGAAGACUCAGGACCAACAACGUGUGCAGAUACACAGCCAGAAGAGAGCUGUCUAACGGAGACAAAUGAGAACGUAGGAGAGUCCUUUCUGUUAGAAAGUCAUUGUAAUGAAAGAGAUGAGAAACAACAUUCCUGCAAGUUCUGUGGGAAACAAUUUAAAAUUAAAAAUAAGUUAACUGUUCAUGUAAGAACUCACACAGGAGAGAGACCGUACUCUUGUCAAACAUGUGGGAAAUGUUUCAGUCACCAGAGUAAUUUGGUGCGCCACAUGAGAAUUCACUCAGGCUUGAAGCAAUUUUUCUGUCCAACAUGUGGAAAAUGUUUCUUUUACCAGGGGAAUUUGGUGCGUCACAUGAGAAUUCACACAGCUGAGAAGUCAUUUUUUUGUCCAACAUGUGGAAAAUGUUUCAAACAAAAUGAUCAUUUAAAGUUCCACAUGAGCUCUAACAGAGGAUGUCAAAAACCACCUUCUAUAUGUGAAGUCAGGCCCUGUGUUACGCUGCUCAGUCCAUAAUCCACCUUUAAGAGGCCAUGUUGGCUGUAGAUGUCGUCUGCCCAGCAGAACGUGGUCAAACACACACUAAACCAACAGAAAAGCUAAACAAAGCACUGAGAGUGAAUCCCUGAACAACUGCAGAUUAAAGCACCUCCAUGAAAUCAUAUCACUUCUUUAAACUCUUACUGAAUUUAUUACAUGAAAGUACAUAAACUAUAGAUUUAAUAAUGUCUGUUUCUGUCUUAAGAGAGAAAAGUACAUGAUUAUUAUUUCUUCUGCUUAAUUCUAAUGAAGAAUGUUUAUUUUCAUCAUCACAGAGACUUAAAAGAUGCAGCAAACACUCUGCUGUAUGUUUUACUUUAAACUGAGCAAGGAAUCCAGACUGA